GACGGAGUGAGAGUGGAAAAGCCUGACACUUGUCAGAAGACUUUCGUACUCUGCUCCCCAUCUCCAAAAAUCUCAUUUUCAUGUUCAAAUCUCUAAUUCUAUCACAAAACUCAAUGCUUCUUCAGCUACCUACUGAGGAGACUCAUGGUUUUGCAUACACUAGAUACAAUGGAGGGCCAAAAGGAUGAUGACCAGGAACAGCAGAGACCAGUCCCACCACCUCCCAAAGUAGCUCGCCUUUCUUCAGAUUCUUCAGGAGUUGUAACAAUGGCAACUCCAUCACCUCUAAUGCUUGGACUUGGACUUGGCUUGGGUCCUGGCAAACCAGCUUUCACGUUCCUACAGUGGCAGGAGCUACAACACCAAGCUUUAAUCUACAAGUACAUGGCUGCUGGCAUCCCUGUUCCUCUUCAUCUAGUCGUUCCCAUCUGGAAGAGCGUUGCUGCUGCUGCUGCUGCUUCUUCUUCUUCAUCAUCUUCAUCUUCCCACCAUUAUCCUUCUUUUAUGAUGGGUCAUGGAGGCUGGUUCAUGGACUACAGGAACAGCAUGGAGCCAGAGCCCGGCCGGUGCCGGAGAACGGACGGGAAGAAGUGGCGCUGCUCGCGCGACGUCGUGCCCGACCAGAAGUACUGCGAGCGCCACAUGCACCGCGGCCGUAACCGUUCAAGAAAGCCUGUGGAACAAUCAGCUUCUGCUUCUGUUCCUACUCCUGCAACUGCUUUGCAACCAAGCACUAGCAACCAUGGAACACAGCUUUCUAUUUCCAUUUCUUCUUCUGGUUUUCAGCUUAACAGCAAUAAUGUUUCACCUCCAAGGCUUGGCUUUUCUCCUACCAGUGUUCUCCAUAGUUCUAAACCUUGAGAACUUUGGUUUAUCUUUGUUGUUUGUAUUAAUGUAAGUUUGUUUGAUGUUCAUUAUGAGUGUUUAUUGCAGUGUGAGUUAUCAAGAGAUCGUUGGCUCUGA